AGCUACUGCCAUUGGUGUACAAAAUUUAAAAACAACUUGGUGGUCACGCUGAUGGAGUUGUUUAUGUUCUAAGAAUGGAAAUUGCUGUCUAAACAAUUUCACCAAGAAUAAAACCGCGUGGUUGCUACUUGGUGAUAAGAAUAUUAUAGAGGAGCUUACCACACCAUUGUUGGUUUUAGAUACAUUUUAUGCACAGAAGGGGAACAAUGAAUACUAAAAAAUCAAAGGGAACUUCCUUGCUUGAUGUCAGAAAAUCAAAAUCGGGCACAAGCACAUUGUCACAAAUCCACAAAGAUGCCCAAAAACCAUUUUUGAAUGUCCUCGGCAAUCUGAAUGGAAACAAGCGACAAGGAGAUAAUAUGAUGGACCAAAAACAGAAGAGAAGAGCAGCAUUUGGAGAUAUUACAAAUGCUAUAAAUGAAAACAACAUCCAAAAGAAAGACAUCCUCAAGAAAACAAAACCCCCAACAGGAGUUGGUGGAAAAGCUACAAAGAAGAAGUCAGAGAAAAAAAGAACAGUAAAAACAGAGAACACAGAUCCUACACAGGAAGACAGUGUGCCGCUCUCUCAGGGAUCUGUAGUGUCCAGUUCUCAGGACAGUGUGUCAAGUAAUAGUUCAUCCAAAGGCAGUCUGACAGAUCUGAGUCAGAUCAGCACUGUGUCGGAGGAAGAUGAGAGAGAAAUUGUCCCAGAGUCAGUGGAUGAUGUGGAUACAGAAAACUUGCAAGACACUGCACAGUGUGCCUUGUAUGCCCCAUUCAUCUUUAGAUAUUACAAAGAAAGAGAGCUGAAGUUCAUGGUUCCUAUGUAUAUGGACACUCAGCCAACAUUGACCACAAACAUGCGAGCAAUCCUGGUAGACUGGCUUGUGGAAGUGCAAGAGAACUUUGAACUAAACCAUGAAACUCUGUACCUAGCUGUCAAACUAGUGGAUACCUACCUCUCUGUUCGACAGGUGCCCAAAGAGAAUCUACAGCUUGUAGGAGCUGUCUCCCUUUUUGUAGCUUGUAAAUUUGAUGAGAGGUGUCCACCCCUGAUUGAGGAUUUCCUGUACAUCUGUGAUGACGCCUACAGACGAACAGAGUUUCUGGAAAUGGAGAGGUCAAUUCUGAAGACAGUAGGAUUUGACAUUGGAAUGCCCCUGUCCUAUCGCUUCCUCAGACGAUAUGCUAAGUGUGCCAGAGCAAGCAUGGAGACGCUAACAAUGGCCAGGUUUAUUUUGGAGAUGUCAUUAAUGGAGUAUGAAAAUAUCAAAUACAGAGAAUCCAAGAUGGCUUGUGCAUGUCUUCUGCUGGCAAUGAAAAUGAAGUGUGCUGGAGAAUGGUCCUCAACUUUGGAAUACUAUACAGGAUAUACAGCAGAGGACCUUACUUGUCUUGUCAAAGAUCUCAAUGCCAUGAUUGCCUCCCCUCCUAAAAUGUUAACUACCAUAAAGUCCAAGUACUCACACAGGGUGUUUUAUGAAGUAGCCAAGGUGCCUGCUCUAUCAGAGGAACAGCUGAAUUCAUGAGAUAUCACCAAACACCAGGGAACUACACUUGCUGUGUAUCAGUGUCUUAGUUCUUGUCCUGUGAUAUUGUUAAACAGCCAUUGUUUAUGACAGGCAUGUGUGCUUUUAAUCUAAGUCCUUCUGUGUACAUUAGCACCAAAGUGAGAGAAUCCAACAUCUGAACAGAAGGACUCCUGUAAUGCACAUUUUUAAUGACACAGGAUGUUUACUUUUAAUCCCUAGUUAGACCUUCCUCUUCUUUCUAUCCCCCUUUCCCUGUUGUAUAUAUAGAAUAACUUCCAUCUCUUUUACAAAAUCUUACUAUUUAUUCAAACACAUUUUGCAAAAUGUUUUUUGGUUGUGUACAUUAGUAUGAAAGAGCUUUAAUUCACAAGAUUUGUAAUUUUUUGAUGACUUCUGGAAGGGGGUGAUAAUGCUGUAUAUUGUCUCUAAAAAACUAGGUGUUGUUUUAUUUGAAGUCGUUUGUUUUAUAUUUUAAUACACUUUAAGACUAAAACAUAAGAUUUAAUUAUUUUAUUAAUAUUUUUUAUUAUUAUUUUUAGCUCUACUGGUCUUUCACCAGAGGAGCUUUCACCACAUGCAUUCAUUAAGUGUGUUUCUGUAAUGCUUCACCUCCGUAAUCCAGAUUUUGUCCGAUUUUAGUAAGUCUUGAUACACAAGUCAACUACCUUAGGAUAUAGACUGUAUAAUUCUUAUAAUAUUUUUUUUCUUAUUUUAAAUGAUCCAUGUUGCUGGUUACUAGAAAAAAAUAAUCUCUAGAUUUCUUUUCAAACUGGUUCCUCAUCUUUUCCUGUAUAUUUUGGUUUUUGAUUUACAUAAAAUUUGGUACAAAUUAACAAACCUCGAGAUAAUAUCUUGAUAAUUCUGUAAUUGUUAAACUGAAAGUGAACAGAUGUUACACGUCCAUGAGUAUAAACUGCAAGUGAAGUGUAACUAACAUCAUUACAGGUCAAGUGUAACUUUACACUGUUUACAAAUUCAAACCAGUAGAGCUGCAAUCUCAUCCCAGAAUUUUGGUUUAUUUUGUUAAUACCAUUUUACAUGUACAUGUAUAUCCAAUUCAAUCAUGUAAAUAAAGAUUCAGAGAGUAAUUUAAAAUUAUGUUAUAAAAAGGAUGUUUUACACCUAGUAAAUUUGUGUUUGGUUUUAAUUUGUAUUUAUAUAUUUUAGACCUACAAUAAUAUGUUAUUUCAUUGGACGAUGGUUAGAAAAGUAACUUCACAUAGUCAUUACAGGGCAUUUUUGCAAUCAUGCUAAAAAUAAAAUCAGGUUUAAAUAAA